CGAAUUUUGACGUUUGAUCAAUUCGUCUGCUAACAAUCGACUGCAAGUGCCUUAACGUGUUAGAAUAGUCAGUACAGUAGCAAACAAACAGAAACAAGAUAACAAAAAAAAGGUAUUUAUUAAACCAUUUUGCCUCCAUAUGUUUGACAUCAAAUAACGUGACCACAAUUUUAGUUUCCAAAUCAUGUUUCGAAAUAUUAAAGAUAAUAAAAAAAAAUGGCCAGUUUAGAAGAAGAAAAUGUUCUUUUUGACGGAGAAAAUUUAAGCUGCCAAAAGCAGUUCUAUGAUCAUGGUGGUUUCCUAAGAAAAGGAUGUUAUUAUGAACAAAAUUACGAGAAUGAUAGUUGGCAAUGCCAUACAAAAUUCAUAUCAAAGAAAGUGACCAAGUCAGCUAUAAUUCGAAGAAUAAGACAAAAUGAGUGUCUUUACAACAAGGAAAUGAUUAUUGGAAAAUUAAACAAAAAACUGGAUCCUAAUUUUGUACUUUCGAUAUAUCAAUUUGAAGAUGAGGAAGAUCAAUGGAGAUAUUUUGCUUUAGAGCUGUUUAGUUGCACUUUGUACCACUAUUGUAAGGGCCAGUACCAUGGACCAGUGCUUGACAAAUCCCAAGCCUCUUUUCAAAUUUUAAGCGCUGUAAACUACAUUCACAGCAAAGGAUUUGUUCAUGGUGAUUUGAAUCCGAUUAAUAUUGUCAUCAUGAGUCAGCACUUGCCUGUGCGGAUCAAAAUCUCAGAUUUUGGACUAAGCAAAUUCAGUUACACAAAAUGUGAAUCUUCAGAUGAAAAGCUUUCAAUUGAUUUUCCUGAAAUUUGCAAACGGAAGUAUUGGUCGAUGAGUUCGUUAAAGGUGAAGGAUAAAUACAAGAACGAAUGCAAUACCGGUGAUGAAGAUCGGUCCAAUCCCGAGCUGAUUUCCAGUCCUCUGAACGAGAUCUAUCCUAAAGAUAAAGACGAUGUAUUUGCUGUCGGAUGCAUUAUUUUUUAUUUUUUAGCACUUUUUCAUCCGUUUGGCGAUGAGGAUGAUCCAGGGUCUAUUCUAGUUAAUAUGAAGCAAAAGAAAAUGGUCAACUUGAAAAGAUUGAGUAAGGAACAUACAGAGUUAUACAUAGACUCAAUCAACAAAAUGAUCCUACAGCCGAAGACAAGCACUCGAUGGCUUAAUACUGCAAUUGAAAUAUUCGAAGGAACACUUAAGCUGAAAAUUGGCAAGAUCCAAACACUUGGCAUGGGAUCCUUUGGAACAGUUCUUAAAGGGGAAUACGAGGGCAAUUGCGUUGCUGUAAAAAGAAUAUCGUUAGAAAACCUAAAUGAAGAAAUGUUUGAAAGAGAAACAAAAGAACACACAAGGAUGGAUCACGAAAAUGUAUUAAAAUUAUUCGACGUCUGCCUUUCCGAAGACAAAAGAAACUUGGAUAUGGUAUUGGAAUUGUGCUCUGGAUCACUGCAAAAUUACGGCGAAAACCAAUACAAAGGACCGAAAUUGCCUCCAGAUGCCGUAGUCCUUAAUCAAAUAGCAAAUGGAUUGCACUACCUCCACUCUCGAAAUUUGGUCCAUCGCAACUUUGCCCCGGAAAAUAUCCUCUUCUCAAACGACACACCCGUUCAGAUCAAAUUGUCCGACUGUGGAUUUUUCAGAAAUGGUCGUUUUCAGGGGACAUGUUUACUGGGUAGAUGUAUGGAUUGGAUGGCACCCGAAAUACUGGAGUUUAUUCUAGACUGUGCAGUUAAUAAAAAUCUGCACGAAACAAUCCAAAGCAAUGUAUUUUCGGCGGGUUGCGUCUUUUUCUACUUCCUGUCUCACGGUCGACAUCCGUUCGGGGAUCGCUUAAUUGCCCCAGGGAAUAUUUUGAAUUUUAAUCCUGUGGAACUCAUCCGCCAGAAACGAGAUCUGCACGAUGCUCUUCUAUACAACCUGAUAGAAAAAAUGUUAAAAGGGAAAGAGGAAAGAAUUGCUUUGCCCAAUGUCAUUAAACAACUGAAAGAAAAAUUAACUGCAUCUCACACAGGACAAUUCAAGGGAGAAGAAUAGUCAAUCAUCGAAAUCGGAGCGAAUGGGAAUUGCGAAGAAAAUCAACUCUGCUGGAGCAACGGACUACUUACAACAGAUCACCGCAAACAAAUUUCCUCUCUGCGAUCCCGUUAGCCGUUAACCUAAAGUCGAGAGAGCGCGUAAUCUGGGGUAAAAAAAAAAAGACGUUCAAGCGUAUGUAUAUCCGCAAUUGAUUUGAUGGAUUUCGUUACAAAUAUAUCGGUGAACUGAUGUGAA